UUUAACAGAGCUAUGACCUUUUCAUUUGUUUGUUUCAUGUAGAUAUUUAACAAUAAUGAAGGCUGCCUUAGUUCAUGUAAUUGUGCCUUUUGUCUUUUGCACAGCACUGGCGCACACUGCACUUUUUGACGAGGUAAAAGUGGACUUAAUUUACGAUCACUACGCUGAAAAAACUGUAGAUUACCUCCCAUUUUUGAUCGCCAUGCCUUUCAACUCUUUGGUCAACAUUGCCUAUGUGUUAAUGGGAUUUUCGUGGCUGCUGAAAUACAAGGAUAAAAGUGAAACCAAAGACGAUAGAUACAUGAGGGAGGUUUUUGCGUUAAUGGCCAUAUUUUACGGACCUGUCCAGUGGUGGCGCUUGGCUCUACUCACGCGCACUGCUGCUGUUUUGGACCAGUGGUUUACUCUGCCUAUUUUCGCUUGGGUCCCCAUUUGGAUCAGCUUUAUACAAGGCAAAACAACCAAAAACCACGCACUGGUGGUUGAACUUUGCUCCAUUUUAAGCUACGGUCUUUCCCUCAUAUUUGACUGUGGAUUUGAAAGUGCUCUGGGGUGCCAUGUCCUCUUAGCCAUUUACAAGGGAACACAAGUCCACCUGCGCUUUGGAAAUCGCCAAACAUUUCAAUAUUUGGUCCUAGCAGUGCUGUCCUGCGCUGGUUUUGUGCUGCUGAAAUUACUGGAUCAUUGGCUUGCCCAGUUUUGGAUUUUCCAGAGGAUAACGGGACAUUUUUGGUCCAAAGUUUGUGACGUACUGCAGUUUCAUUAUAGUUUUUGCUUUUUGACGACACUGACGCAAAUUACGCACAAAGCAAAAGACUAAAGAGGACUGCUGUUCGAGAAAUGCAAAUAAAUGUCAGAAUAUUAUAGUUUCAUAUAUUUUAUUUGUGCU